UGUGUUGAAAAGAUGCGCUAUAAGGCUGUAAGCUGCAUAUCCCGGUCAUAUCGCCCUACUGUGCCUGUUUCAUACAUUGCACAGGUUUUGGGCUUCUCCAGCACAAGUGAAGGAAAUGACCAGGUCUCAGUUGGAUUAGAGGAAUGUGUAGAGUGGUUGAGAGCACAUGGUGCAUGCCUCACUUCAGACGGUAAUGGAGAGAUGCAGCUGGAUACAAAGGCUUCAUCUUCUAGUCUUUAUAUUCCAGAACCCGAGGAUGCUGUGUCCCAUGGAGAUGCUAGUCUGGCUGUUAAUGAUUUUCUUGCACGGACAUCCUUGUAGUCAAAAUGUAAUGAUUGUAUACAUUUAAUAAGAAAAAUUUGAAAAUUGCACAGCGCUCAACAAUAUGUACAACCAGAAGAUUAGGUUUCUUCCCUGACCUGGAAGUGAGAGGUCAACUCAAGCCUUUAGCGAGGGUAGAUCAUAGAUGUAUAAAAGCACAUAUAACGAAAAUAGAGCAGAGGCUCCCCUAAGAAAUUUGUCGCCUAGAAUUGCGGAGGGAUUGAAUUACGACAAAAACCAUAUGAUUUAUAUUCUUCCUUUUUGUCUUGAACGAUGAUAAUUCAUUCUUUGCUGGGGAAGAAGAUGGAACUUGUUAGGGGGGAGAAGGGAAGAGAACAAGA